AUGACCCCGGGCUUUGUUUUGCCGACGCCAUUCCGCUGGGCUCUUCUCCUGUUUUGCGUGGUGAGCUUGUGUCGCCGGCAAGGGUCCGCUGGCAACCAAAGCUCCAGAGUCGAGACGGGGUCGUCGGCGGAGAGGACGGGGACUUGCGAAGUGGUGGCGGCCCAUCGUUGCUGUAACAAGAACAAGAUUGAAGAACGCUCUCAGACGGUCAAGUGCUCCUGCUUCCAAGGACACGUGGCAGGGACGACGAGGGCGACGCCCUCUUGCGUGGAAGCCUCCAUCGUGCGUCACAAGUGGUGGUGUCGGAUGAAGCCGUGCGUGGAAGGGGAAGAGUGCCGAGUACUUCCCGACCUGACCGGAUGGUCGUGCGUCUCUGGGAACAAAGUCAAGACCACCAAGGUGAGGAGGAGGAGGGAAGUCACGUGGUCCUUUCGGACAAGCUGGGGCGCAGCAAAACACGGAAUCCUCUCUUCGUAUUGCGAUACUUUUUGGGCCAUAAGCUCUUCUUCUUUUUUCGAGAGGGAAGGAUCGGAGAGGAAAAAGUGCGGUCGCGACAAAAGCCGACUUCCGUAAUCUGGCGAACGACGAAGCCGAGAGGCCGGAAACUAAACAGCCUUGGCUAAAACCCGCGGAAUGAAAUCUGACGAGCGACGGAAACGGCGCCGCGUUUAGAAGAGCUCAGUUGCCUUUUGAGGAAGCCCGUUGCAGCGCGCGAGCCGAGAUCCACGGACCAACUUGUCGAGACGCCCCCGAAAAGAAAAACCAAAAACCCCAAAUCCAAUUGAUUCCAUUCAUCACUGCUCGGCCCUCCUUAAUUACGGUUCCCGUUUGUUUUCCUGCGUGCUUUAAUCGCAGUCUCUGACUGCACGGAACGUUUGCCACGGGUUUAAGCGGCCAUUUUGCUCGUCACUUGCAGCCUCGCGACCUUCUUCAGACACAAACCGAAGGAUCCAACAAUUGUGACUUUCAUUACAUUUCUAGCUCUUGUUGGUUAAGCAGUGACCGGAAGACUUAUUCUGGGCAAAAGCCAGUAAGGCAGUAGUAACAGGACGUGCAUUCCUUCACCCGUUUUCUGAGCCGCUUAUCCUCACGAGGGUCACGUGACUGCCGGAGCCUUUUAGUGUUAUG